CCCGGUAAAUAAUCGAUACCCCGUUGAAAAGGAAUCGAUUCCAUCCUCCAUGGACAAUCCAUCAAUCUCCGGUAUGAACAAUCAAUCAUCACUUUCUUCGUCUCAAUCGAAUCCUCCCUCAAAAUCACAAGAACCCACAACCCCUUCUUCUCUAAAUUAUUACCACCCAUCUCCUUCACGCACUAUCUACAGCGAUCGCUUCAUCCCCUGCCGAUCCGCCUCCAAUUUCGCCCUCUUUGACAUCUCCCCACCACCACCUCCUCCGCCGUCUGAUGCUUCCCGUGGUGAAGAUAAUUCUUCCUCAUCCGCCGCCUACACUGCUCUUUUAAGAACCGCAUUGUUCGGGUCGGAUCUGGGGUUUGUUGUUCCUCCUGGUACCCCCGAUAAGAAGAGCUUUUCAGUCAACACUUCUCCGGCAAGCCAUAAUAUUUUUCGGUUCAAGAGCGAGACUAGACAGUCUUUGCAUUCAUUGUCUCCGCUUGGCUUCGAUGAUCACUCCCCUGGGGUUAGUCAUAGCCCUGUUAAAGCUCCAAGAAAAGUUCCCAGAUCUCCUUACAAGGUUUUGGAUGCACCAGCAUUGCAAGAUGAUUUCUACCUGAAUCUCGUUGAUUGGUCUUCUCACAAUGUGUUGGCUGUGGGAUUAGGCAACUGUGUUUAUUUAUGGAAUGCUUGUAGCAGUAAGGUAACAAAAUUAUGCGAUUUGGGAAUUGAUGAUAGUGUUUGUUCAGUUGGAUGGGCACAAAGGGGGACUAGUCUUGCUGUUGGGACUAGCAAUGGAAAAGUACAGAUUUGGGAUGCCUCUCGAUGUAAAAGAGUAAGAACAAUGGAAGGACAUAGAUUACGUGUGGGUGCACUUGCUUGGAGUUCUUCAAUGUUAUCUUCAGGAAGUCGAGAUAAAAGUAUUCUUCAAAGAGACCCUCGUGCACAACAAGAUUUUGUUAGUAAGCUAAAUGGUCAUAAAUCAGAGGUUUGCGGUCUCAAGUGGUCUUACGACAAUCGUGAAUUAGCGUCAGGCGGAAACGAUAACAGGCUUUUUGUUUGGAACCAACAUUCGACACAACCGGUUUUGAAAUAUUGUGAGCAUACGGCUGCAGUGAAAGCAAUUGCAUGGUCUCCACAUCUUCAUGGGCUCUUGGCUUCUGGUGGAGGCACUGCAGACAGAUGUAUAAGAUUUUGGAACACAACCACCAAUUCUCACCUCAGUUGCAUGGAUACCGGUAGCCAGGUAUGCAAUCUUGUAUGGUCAAAAAAUGUCAACGAACUUGUGAGCACCCAUGGAUACUCCCAAAACCAAAUUAUUGUUUGGAGAUACCCUACAAUGUCUAAGCUUGCGACACUUACUGGGCACACGUAUAGAGUUCUCUACCUUGCAAUAUCACCAGAUGGACAGACAAUUGUGACAGGAGCUGGAGAUGAAACUCUUCGAUUUUGGAACGUAUUUCCUUCACCUAAAUCUCAGAAUACGGAGAGUGAAAUUGGUGCAUCGUCCUUUGGAAGAACGCACAUACGUUAAAAGGCAAUCUCAUAUUUUGAUUUUUAUUUUGGGUCAAAGUCAAACUCACAAAGCUCAAGGAAGAAAAAGCGAUCAUGAAAAUACGCCAUGUUCAAGAAAUGAGUUCACCAUGUUUGAUCAACUUGAUCGAUCGGUUGAAUGAGUUUUAUAUUUAUGUAAAUCGGUGCAUGAUGUGAA